GUCUCUAUACUCUCUACAUACUCUCUGACUCUUCCAAACCACGACCUAAACAAAACCAGAAAGGAGGUGGAUUUGCAUUGCAGGAGACGAGGUGCCGCACCCGUCUCUAACCUAACCAUGCAUGCAUCUCGUUCUUCUCCUCCUCAAUUCCCCGUGGAUGAUGAGCGAUGACUUAAUUAGGAUCAGGUUUAGGAGAUAUGCAUAUUUCCAGAGAUCAAGGGGCGAUGACGUCGACGGCGGCGGCGGCGGGCUCCGACGCCCGGCGGCUCUUGCCCGGCCGCCAGAACUCCCAUCAGAUGGAUAGGAUUAACGGGAAGAGCCAGAAGUCGGCCACUCAAGUCCCUCCAUUCGCUGGUGGAGCAGAGGAUUUCGAGGAGGCCGAGACGCUUAUCGCCCCGGAAGCAAUGUCUCAAAGACUCGGCCUUGAAAGAAACGCAGGCUUUGUGAGUUUGGGUUUCUUUCAUAGCGUGAAGAUUGUGCUGCUCAAGUCGAAGCUCAACGUAUUGAUACCGUGUGGUUUUUUGGCGAUUCUUGUCAACUAUCUGACCGGAAAUCAUGGUUGGGUAUUCCCUCUGACCCUGUUGGGCAUUAUUCCCUUGGCAGAGCGAUUGGGUUUUGCCACAGAGCAGUUGGCGUUCUUCACUGGCCCAACAGUUGGGGGCCUUCUGAGUGCUACAUUUGGCAACGCAACCGAGUUGAUUAUAUCGAUCCAUGCCCUAAGGAUUGGAAAGUUACGAGUUGUUCAGCAAUCUCUUCUAGGCUCCAUCUUAUCAAACUUGCUUCUGGUUCUUGGUUGCGCAUUCUUCAGUGGCGGGGUCACUUGCGGCAAAAGGGAGCAGAACUUCCGCAAGUCAGAUGCAGUAGUGAGCUCCGGGCUGCUUUUGAUGGCGGUAUUAGGGUUGCUGCCUCCUACAGUACUGCAUUACACUCAUUCAGAAGUCCACUCUGGCAAGUCUGGACUAGCCUUGUCAAGGUUCAGCAGCUGCAUCAUGCUUGUUGCUUAUGCCUGUUACAUUUACUUUGAACUGUCAAGCAGUCGCCAUCGCGAGGAAUCUAAUGAAGGAAGAGUUGAUAAUGUUGUGAAUGACAAUGAUGGUGAAGCUCCUGAGAUUUCCAAAUGGGAAGCCAUUGCCUGGCUUGCAAUUUUGACUACUUGGAUCUCAGUACUCUCUGACUACUUAGUUGACGCAAUCGAUGGGGCUUCCAAGGCUUGGAACAUACCAGUUGCAUUCAUCAGUGUUAUUUUGCUUCCAAUUGUGGGGAAUGCUGCAGAGCAUACUAGUGCUGUCAUGUUUGCAAUGAAAGACAAAUUAGACCUUUCCCUCGGAGUUGCAAUCGGGUCAUCAACACAGAUGUCCAUGUUUGGGAUACCAUUUUGUGUAGUGAUAGGAUGGAUGAUGGGUCAGCCAAUGGACUUGAACUUCCAUCUCUUCGAGACCGCAAGCCUCUUAAUGACGGUAUUGGUUGUCGCAUUUUUGCUGCAGGAUGGGACUUCAAAUUGCUUAAAAGGGUUGAUGCUGUUUCUUUGCUAUCUGAUAGUGGCUGCCAGUUUCUAUGUACAUUCUGAUCAGGAUCCUGAUGGUAAUCAGCCUCCUGAAAACUAGGAGUAUCUGGACGAUCCCAUGAUUGUAAAGAACAUUUCUACCAUGUGGCAACAUUGGCAGUCAGGAAAGGAACUACUUGUGUAUCUAAUACUGAAUUAUCAGUGUUUCUGACAGUUAGAGGACUUUCGAAAGCCGCACACCCAUUUUUGUAGAUACGCGGAAUCCCAGUGAAAGAAUUUAAGUUGUCUGGGCAGAAGGUUCAUUGAUAUAACGACAGCAGAGAAUAGCAGAAAGUAGAAACAACCUUAUAAUGUCGGUAUGAAUUUCUGUAAUUAUGAUAAUCUUAUUUGCAGUUAGUACAAUGCGAUCUUGGGACUGGGUUCCAUUGUCAAAAACAAAACGGAACAUUGGACUCUUUUUUAAUGCAUUAUAGGCAGUACUCUCUUGUGUUUCU